UGAAGAUGAAUAUCCUACAGAAUCAAAAGAGGGUCGUGACAGCCUUAUGAUUAUAUCAGGUGAAAGGCUGAAGACGAUCUCUAACUUCGUAAAAAAUAACCAUAUUGGCCUUUUGCGCAGUCCUCCAUCAUCAGGCAAGAGUACUCUUGGACAGGUGCUUCGAGACUAUUUCGAUAGUCUCAAUUAUGAUAGCAUCUACAUUAGUCUUGCUGAAAUCAGUAAACGCAAAGAGGCUACUUAUGUAUUUAUCGAUGAGAUAAAGUCAUCUAUAGCAAUGGCGCUCUAUUCUUUUGGAAUGCUUUUGCUCGGUACAUACUAUCCAACACUUGAUCCUCAAAUGAUACCAGUGGAAUUUCAUCAUGCUCUUGGUUUAAAUGGUAGCCUACUCUUCAAAAUUCCUAAGGAGGUUCAGAAGGCAGUCUUUAAUCUCACUGGUAGACAUCUUGGUAUAAUAACAACUGCAUGUGCUUUUUACUGGUUCAAUGACUGGAAUCUAACCAUUGAAGAAUCUGAAUUUAUUCGCAAGAAAUUAUUUGCCUGUCAAACUAGCAUUUUCUUUCCUGCAAACUAUUUAAAUCCUGUUGCCAAGAAAUUCGUUAAAAUAGGUCUCUUUUCCACGGUGGCACAUAAUAACAUGGUUGCACAUUCUAUUGAUUCUAAUGAACAAAUAAAAAUUUCUGCUCCUAUUAUACGAUUUUUGUUGAGAACUAUCGAGCGCAUGAGCCCAUCUAUAUUGUCUGAAUCGUUUGGAAAGGGUGCCAAAUCUGGUCCUAAUUCACGGUUAUAUGAGAGAAGUUGGCAAAUGGAAUGGUAUUGUACUGCUACAACUGCAGUUCCAGAGAAUACAUCGAUAAGCGCAGAUAUUGGUCCUGUGUUUGGCUCAGUUGGUUUUCUGGAUUUCUAUGUUAAUGGAGAAUUAUGCUGGGGAAUUGAGCUAACCCAUGAGGGUGAUC